UUAAUUCUGAUUAUCAUCAGUACCAGCAAAUUAAACAUACUAAUUAAGAUCAAUUAGAAGAUGACAGGCUCUGCAGGUUCCCCUUGUGGUGCUUGCAAGUUUUUGAGAAGAAAAUGUGUUAAAGGUUGUGUUUUUGCCCCUUAUUUUUGCUAUGAACAAGGUGCUACUCAUUUUUCAGCCAUCCAUAAGGUUUUUGGGGCAAGUAAUGUAUCAAAACUUCUUGCUCAUAUACCCGUUACUGAUCGUGGCGAAGCGGCUGUUACAAUCGCUUAUGAAGCUCAAGCUAGACUUCAAGAUCCAAUAUAUGGAUGUGUUUCACAUAUUUUUGCUCUUCAACAGCAGGUUGUCAAUUUACAAGCACAACUUGCUUCUCUAAAGGAACAAGCAGCUCAUCAAAACUUGCAAAAUGGUUCCAACUAUGCAAACCCUAAUUAUGAAAAAUUUCAAGAUCUUCAAAGUUGGUUUCAUCAGUCUGAAAAUUCCAACACCAAUAUGUCCCAAUUUGAUUCUAGCUUGACCAGUAACAAUAUUGGAUCAACCCCAUAUUAUGGAAGUCAUGAAAACAUGACAUCAAAUAAUUACCAUAUGGGGAGUUAUGAGAAUAUGAUGCUUACAAAGGAAAAUAUGUCAAGUUUUGAAGAGGGUUCUUGUUCAAUAGAUUCUUAUGACAUGCAAACAGAUCAUCACAACAGCCAAUGGACAUUUCAAGAUGAUGCAGAUGACCUUCAGUCAGUGGCUUUCAGAUAUCUUCAACAUUCUUGAUCAGUACUUGGGGCUUCAAAAACAAAUCAUGGGUGAAGAUUAAUUACUCUGUCAAUUUUUGUAUUGCUAAAAGCAGACUUUAUGACAUGAAUUAUCUGCUAGCUUUCAUAAAUGAGCUAGAAACCCUAGAAUGUUCAAAACCAUCAUAAGCCUAUGGUUCUGCCUACAAUUGUUUUUCCUUAGGUCAUGUGUAACCUUGAAUAUAAUUAGAAUAUUAUUAGUAGUAUAUUUUAAUAAAUCUGCCCUUUUGUUUUGA